CUUUCACUGUUCGAUUGAGGAAUUCUCUGUUCUUUUUUUACAUAUUGAAUUAGCAACCUCGCUUUCUUCGUGAUUUGUUUUGGAAAGAACCAGAUAGAGAGUUUUGCGGUUGUUUUGUGAUGGGAAAUUGGAGAAAUCGACCCCCACGUAGAUUUUUCAAUCGACAAAGAGUUCCAAAGUCACCUCCUGAAUAUGAGAAAGUCCCUUCUUCUUCAGGGUAUUUUGAAGAUGGUAUACCUUUGUGGGAAAAGAAAUUUUGCUCUUUGAUAGGGUCAGUACCCUGGCAGAAGGUUGUGCGUGCCAAGAAGUUUAUGUACAGCAAUAAUGUACUUAAUUGGGAUGACUCAGCUGGCAAGGAGGCAUUUCAUAAUGCAAAAAAUCGCUUUUGGGCAGAGAUCAAUGGCUUCCCCUGUGACAUCUCUCUCCCUGAUCCAGAUAUUUAUAUUGAUGAAAUAAAUUGGGAUCCUGAUAUUGAUCCUGAACUGAUUAAGGACUUAGAAUCUGUUUACUUUGCUCCUAAUGAUGGAGAAAACAAUGGAAAGUUUGGACAUAGAAACAAGAAGUCCAGAAAUUUAACGGCUGUUGCUUCAAAAAGCUGUAAUGGAAAUUCUGAAAUCAUUGAUAAUCCAUGGGAGAGUGACAACAAUAUGCAAGGUAGGGAUACUUUGAAGGAUGAAGCACAGGACGGGAACCAGUGGGAUAAUAGUAACAAUAAUUCGAAGAAUAUAUAUCAGGAUGGCAAUCCCUGGGAGAGAAGCUUUACUCAGGGUGAUGAAGCUGUGAACGCUGAAGUACACGGCUGGAACCAGUGGGAAAAUAAUAACAAUAAUUCACUGAAUCUAAAUCAUGAUAAUAAUCCCUGGGACCACAGCUUUAAUCAGUGCAAUGAAGCUCUAAAGAGCAACGCAUGGGGAAGUUGUGGCAAUAAGUCUCGGGGUUGGGAUCACGGGGUAAAUCAUGUCAAACAGUUUAGUAACUGGGAUAACAGUGCCAGUUCCUGGGAGCAUAGCUGUCAGGGUGUUUACCCUGUGACGGAUAAUAAAGUAUGGGAUGACAUUGGGAAUAAUUCUGGGUGCUGGAAUCAGCAGAAGUCUUGGAAGUUGAAUAGUGGUGACAAUCCUUUGGAGCACUGCUUUAUUCAGAAUGGCGGGCCUCCUAAAGAUAGAGGACGGGGAGAUUGUGGAGGCAAUGCAUGGGGUUGGAAACAACAAGACAAUUAUAGAAGUGCACCAAAACAUUCAGAAUUUGGAAGAAGUGGUGGGGGUUGGGGAGUCCAGAACAAGGGUUGUCGGAAGAGGGAAGGCUCUCAUCUAACUAGUUACAAGAGCUAUGGAUAUCAGCAGGGCUAUAAGCAAACUGGUCAGUGCUGGAGGAAAAGAAAUGCUAACAAGAGGGUCCAGUUCUGCACUGGCUGUGACUGUGACUGCCCAAAAAUGCCGCCUCAACCGCCACUAAAACCCUACUUCUUCUACGGCCACCGGAAGCCCUCCCAAAACCGACCCACGGUAUACGGCGGCCUAUUCUCCAAUCGUCAAUCACUCAAAAAGCCAGACCCCACACCCCACCUCCCAUCACAGCCUUUUAAUAUCCAGAAAUGGGACCCACAUUACCUCCCCUCCCAAGCUCAUACUCGAUCACCACCGUCCAUGACACCUCUCUCCAUCUCUGAACGCCUCUCCCCAAUCGCCCGCUUCAUCAUCGACUCUUUUCGCAAGAAUCAGUACCGCUGGGGCCCAGAAGUCGUGACUCAGCUUCAAAAACUCCGGCGCGUUACUCCGGACCUCGUGGCCGAGGUACUAAAAGUGGAAAAUAACCCUGUACUGGCCUCCAAGUUCUUCCACUGGGCGGGGAAACAGAAGGGUUAUAGACAUACUUUCUCAUCCUACAACGCCUUGGCUUAUUGCUUGCACCGGAACAAGUUAUUUCGCGCCGCGGAUCAAGUCCCUGAAUUGAUGGAGGCUCAAGGUAAGCCGCCCACAGAAAAGCAGUUUGAGAUUUUGAUUAGAAUGCAUAGUGAUUGUAAUAGAGGGAAUAGAGUUUAUUAUGUGUAUCAAAAAAUGAAGAAAUUUGGAAUUGUGCCUAGGGUUUUUUUGUAUAAUAAAAUUAUGGAUGUCUUAGUUAGAACGAAUUGUUUAGAUUUGGCUUUAUCGGUGUAUGAGGAUUUUAAAGGACAUGGAUUGGUUGAGGAGAGUAUUACUUACAUGAUUUUGAUUAAGGGAUUGUGUAAGGCAGGGAGGGUUAGCGAGAUGUUUGAGAUUUUGGAGAAGAUGAGGGGAAAUUUGUGUAAACCGGAUGUUUUUGCUUACACAGCAAUGCUAAGGGUUUUGGUUUCGGAGGGGAAUCUGGAUGCAUGUUGGAGGGUGUGGGAGGAAAUGAGAAAAGAUUUGGUUGAGCCGGAUGUUAUGGCGUAUGUGACAUUGAUCACGGGCUUCUGCAAAGGAGGGAGAGUGGAGAGAGGGUAUGAGUUGUUUAGAGAAAUGAAGGAGAAGGGGGUUUUGAUUGAUAGGGCGAUUUAUGGAGUUUUGGUUGACGGGUUUGUGGGAAAGGGGAAGGUUGGGAAGGCAUGUGAUAUGUUGAAGGAUUUGGUGGAUUCAGGGUACAGGACUGAUUUGGGAAUAUAUAAUUCAAUUAUUGGAGGAUUGUGUACAAUUAAGCGGGUUGAUAAGGCUUAUAAGCUAUUUGAAAUUACAGUUCAAGAUGGUCUUGAGCCAGACUUUUUGACUGUGAAUCCCCUGUUGGUUUGUUAUGCAGAAAUGGGGAGGAUGGAUGAUUUUUGUAAGUUGCUCAUGCAAAUGAAGAAAUUGAGAUUUUGUGUGGUUGAUGAUCUUGAGAAGUUUUUUGAGUUUAUGGUUGGGAAGGAGGAAAGAAUUAAGAUGGCCUUGGAAGUGUUUGAAGAAUUAAAAGGGAAAGGCUAUGGUAGUGUUUCAAUUUACAAUAUACUUAUGGGGACUCUCCACAAGAUUGGGGAGGUGAAAAAGGCAUUAUCACUCUUUGGUGAAAUGAAAGAUCUGAAUCUUGAACUAAAUCCAUCAACUUAUAGUAUUGCAAUUCAGUGCUUUGUUGAAAAUGGAGAUAUCCAGGAGGCUUGUACGUGUCAUAAUAAAAUAAUUGAGAUGUCUCAUGUUCCUUCUGUUGGUGCUUAUUCUUACUUAGCUAAAGGGCUUUGCAAAAUUGGAGAGAUUGAUGCAGCUAUGAUGCUAGUUCGCGAUUGUUUAGGCAAUGUUACAAGUGGGCCCAUGGAAUUUAAGUACGCACUUACUAUUAUUCAUAUGUGUAGGUCAGGUGAUGCGGAGAAGUUGAUUGAAGUGCUAAACGAGAUGAUGCAGGAAGGUGGUGCCCUUGAUGAUGUUAUAUGUUCUGCUAUAAUCUAUGGCAUGUGCAAGUAUGGAACAUUGGAAGAGGCGAGGAAAGUUUUCACAAAUUUGGGAGAGCGCAAACUUCUCACAGAAGCCAAUACAAUUGUUUAUGAUGAAAUACUAAUUGAACAUAUGAAGAAGAAGACAGCAGACUUGAUCCUAGUAGGAUUGAAGUUUUUUGGUCUGGAAUCCAAGUUGAAAGCAAAGGGUAGUAGGCUGCUCUCAGGUUGAAAUUAUGAAGCCAGAUUUGAAUAUUUCUAACCUGGUUAUAAAAUAAAACAUUACCUGUUUGAGUAAAUCCAACAUUAAAUUGGAUUUGUGGUGGAUAUAUAAGUAGAUGUCUUUUAUAUGUUCUGCCAGCAUCUCUGCAAUGUGCAAGAACACAAUAUGGGAAAAGGCAAGAAAAGUUGUCACAAAUUUGAGAGAGUGCUAACCUCAAAAGGUUGUCAAUACAAUUGUGUAUGAUGAAUACUAGUUGAAAUGCCAUCAGGAUUGAAGCUUUUCUCAGUGGAAUUCAAGGGUGGAAUGCUGCUGUAAAGCUUAAAUUAGAAGC